AUGACUUACCAACAACCACUUGCUUACGUCACACCACAGUACAAUGUCCCACCCCCACAAUACGUCCAAUAUACUCAACCGAUGAUGCAGACUCCUCCACAACAAUACCAACAAGUCCCCGUUCACCAAGGACAACCCAUACCUCAACCUGAAAUAUUUGUUCCAUCGUAUCAACCACAACAAAAGGUGAAUACGAAUAAUCAAAACGACUCAAUGACUUCUGCUAUGUUCUUUGCACUUGGAUUUUUACUCUGCUGUUUGUGGAUAAUGGGGUAUUGCAGAUAUCGAAAAUCAACGGACGCUCAAGCAAGGUCGUUUGCUGUUCUGUCUCUCGUGUUCUUUAUUAUCUCAACAAUCAUCGCUGUGUUCGUCAUAGGCUUUUUCAUUGUGUACUUUGUCAUCAUAUUCACCGUGAUCGCUUCAUUAGACUAUUAA